AUGUCACGCCGGCAGCAGCCUGCCAAGCAAGCAGCUCUCGGCCUCGAGGAACAGGACGAGGAUGAUGACUUGUUCUUUGAGCAAAACCUGGCAAGGCAGCAGGAGGAAGAACUGGCGUUGCCUUGGACGGAAUUCAUUGAAAAGAGGUUAUAUCCUGCUGUGUCCAUAUCAAAACCACGUGAAAGAAUAAAUAUAUGGUCCCAAUCUGUGGCAAAAAUCAAACAAGAUGAACCAGAAUCUUUGCAUCUACAAGCUCUACUUGAAGCUGUCUUUGCUUCUCUUCCAAGGUACUCUGACAAGGAGUCAAGGAAUGCUGUCUGGCAGCUCGUUAUUACGCUCAUGUCGGCAAACCGCUUCAGUAAAACCGAUCAAGCUGGUGAUCCUGUCCUCCUCAUGGCUAUUACUCGCAUGCUAGAACGUGAACUCAAAUCCUCCUCGCUGCUCUGGGCCCCCAGUAUUUUAUUCGCAUAUAGUGCUUUUGCAACAAAGUUGAUGGCCCAAACCCCAAUAUCGUACUCUCUAACGACUGCCACAAAGAUUUUGCUCAGUCAACAAGUAAACUUGUGGCAAUCUUUGGUUGACCAACCUGCCAAAAAAUUCACUCUAGCUGCCACUCGUGCUUUCAGAUACCUGCUUCGACAAAAUCCUCAACGAAUCCAGCCUAUCAUCGAAUUCGUUUGCACAAAUAUGACUGCAGAUUCUUGGAAAUAUUGCUUGCUUUUAGAUCCCUGUAUGCGAGCCACACCUGUCAUGGACAAAUCUUUAGCUGACGACCUUCUCAAGACGUUUGCAAAGGCAGUCAACACAACAAAGUCCGCAAUCCCUGAUGCAUACUUGGAAUCGUUUAGUGUCUUCUUCCACAAACACAUCACCGCCGAGAUGAUUGAUGCAGAACUUAUGGCGUCAGCUGAGAAGCUUUUACUUCGUUCUCCGGAAGUCGUAUUGAAAGUCUAUACCCAUGUGUUUCGCCAUGUUCCUAUAAAUGCCAGUCAAUGGUAUAUCAAGUUUGCGGAAUCCCUCGUUAAACAUUUGCAGUCGAGUAAUGACGAUGUACAAACUGCUGCAGUGGAUUUCAUAUCAAUCUUGACCAAGAAGAGUACCGACUCUCUACAUGUAGUCGCGGACGUGAUGAUUAAGGCCCUGAAUUCCAAAGUUCCCAAUCCAGAUCACCGUCAAGCCAUUGUCGUAGCUUUAUCAUCGUUACCGCUGUCAACAGAAACAUCGAUUCGAGUGGUGCAACACUUGACGAGUCUAGCCAGCAAGGAGACGAAUGAAGCCGUCGUCUCUACCAUACUAAGUAGCCGAAUGUCGCACAUCAGCUUUAUUAUUGAUAACGUGGCAGCUACUAAAGAACUGCUCCAAGCCAUCUUGUUUGGCAUGGGUUCAGACAAAGCUGUAAAUAGACAAGGAUAUUUGACAUGUCUGGAAUCUUGCCUGGCCAGUCGAACGGCUCAUGUAUUCUUGGGCGAUAGUAGCGUCAAACUAAUCAAGGAAGAUGCAUGUAAAACUUUGGAAAAGGUGUCGGCUGUAGGAAUCGGCAUAUUAGACUCGUCAAAGAAGGAGGUUUUCACUCUCGUGGAAGGGUUUUUAGCAUUGAGCUGGCUGUUGCAAGUCGACAAAGAGAAUGGUCUGUCAUGGCUUACCAAAGCCAAGUUUGCUUUGGACUCGAGAUUAUACUUGAAACUUGACACCCAAAUGCCAUUUGUAAAUUGUGUCAUCGAGUUAUGCCAGUCUCAUUAUAAUAGUGAUGAUUCAGCAUUGAUGACUAACCUGUCAAAUGCUUUGGUAUUUUGUCUCGUAUCUACUCCACUAUUCCGCAUCCGAAAUGCCACAACGCAAAAAGUAUCAGAUUUGUGCAAAAAUAGUGUGGAGAUGCAAAUUCGCAUCCUACACUUGAUUGGAACUGGUGCUCAUGAGUUACUAACUGGCAGUAACCAAUCUGAAGAAAUCAGUGCUUGGAACGACAAACCAGCAUUUUGUGGUAAUGAGUUAGGAUCUCUGAUAUUUAGAGCCUUGGAAGCACCAUUCCAAACUCAUAGUGUUACUAAUAAGGAUGUACAGGCGCCAACAGCUCAGCAGCUGGAGAAGGAAUUGGCAGAUCUGCUGGUUUUAUUGUGUCAUCCUGUAAUUACGAAUGUGAAUGGAACAGAUGCUUGGGUGAGGUUGACAGUAAAAGCUGGGUUGGAUGCCAUGAAAGUCGUCGAAGCCCAUGGCCCUGAGCUUGUGUCAUCGUGGUUGAGUUUGCCGAUUAUCCCGUCAAUUCCCGCAAUAGUUCUGGCCAGUCAGAUCGCACCUACCACCAUAUUCCCGCUAAUAAUCCCUUAUAUAAGAUCCAGCCUUGCCAUCAAAGUUGGUCAGAACGACUAUGAUAUAUACCAAGCACCGCCCGACCAACUACAUGCCGAAUUUACUAGCAACGCACCAACGACUCCCAAAGCCUCGUCGAGUAGAUCGUGGGAACUAGAGAGACAGCUCAUGGAAGCUAAAGGCAAGAAGCCGCCACCAAAGACUGCAAAGUCUGUGGAUUCAAAAAAGUCGUCGGAACGCGCUCAGCAACUUGAAAAAGAAGCUGAAAUUCGACAACGUGUCCAACUAGAUGUAAAUAGUAUCAAAAAGGCUGUUAUACUACUAGGAGCAGUCAUUGAGGCCGUUAGUGGCCCAUUAGGAGGCGAUGCAUUCGAGCAACUCGAACUGUGGUUGUCUCCCAUUCUAGAUAGUAUCUUGUCAUAUUCUUCAGAUGGAGACCGAGCUCCUGUGUCGAAAGCAGAAGUCGUCAAUGCUUACUUCCGCUUGGCAGAAACACUAGAUCUCCAUCCUCUUAUACCGUCCGUGGUCGCAGCCGUCGUUUUACGAACUUUAAAUGUAAAAGAAGGACCGAAUGGUAUUCCCAUAAAGUGGUGUCAGACAGAGUAUGCUUCAGCACUAUCGCAUAUGAUGACGAUGCUAAAAAAGAUUGAUCGAUUCGAGCCUUUAGAGUUCAUAUAUGUAUUCACGUUGUUGGAGACUGUCAUCAUGCAACGUGGUCGAAUUCCGACGCUCCGUGACAAGCAAAUCAACGAUACAAUAAUGACAUGUGCAGAUAUCCUCCUUACCCAUGCAAGUCUUACUACGCUGGAACAUGUUCCGCGAGGUGAGAUGGUAAAAUGUGUAAUUCAUCUCUUGACCAAAUAUCCACGAGUCCACAAGAGAGGCCGAGAAGGUCUCUUAACCAUGUGUGCUGCUGUCGGAGAAUCCAUGGCAGCUGCUAAAGAAGACGAGCUCGAAACCUCUAGUCCUGUAAAUGGGAAAUCCCCUCAUAGUCGUGGCUUUCGCGAUGACGUCGGUGUCGUCAAAGAAUUAGUAGAAGGGCUGGUGUCGGAAGAGGCCGCUGUCCGGGAAGCUUGUUUGGCAGCCUUGACAUAUGUUGAGGUCCCAGCGUUGCUAGAGGACGAUUUUGAUGCUCGAGUCUGGACGUUGAAGCAUGAUACAGCUGCUGAAGCAGUCGUACAAGAAGCUCAGUCAUUGUGGGAAGAAUGGAAUGGUGAAGAUACUGUAAAAGAAUCAGUCAUUACUCAUAUUUUAGAUCUUACAGUGCAUUCGACAUCAGCCAUUCGAGUCGCUGCAGGUCUUGGUCUGAGGUCUGCAUUGGACGUGCAUACAGAGUCAUUGACUUCGGCGCUGGAAUAUCUUUACAAGACCUACGCUGAAAAGGUCGAGAUAUUACCGCCAGAAUUUGACGACUAUGGCAUGGUAAUUCCACAUACUUUGAACCGCCCAGACCAAUGGGAAGCUAGAUUUGGUGUUGCAUUGGCCCUGCAAGCUGUCGCUCCAACGCUAAAUCAAUCAACAUUACUGGAAUUCUUUGCAUUUUUGAUAUCGUCACAAGCUCUUGGUGACCGGUCCGACAUAGUCCGUAAAACCAUGUUGCAAGCUGGUGUAGAGGCAGUCAAGGGCCCUGGUAAAGAAAGUGUAAAGCCCUUAUUGUCUAUAUGUGAUGAAUUUCUCUCUCGCCCCGCUGGACAGUCGGAGGAACAUGAUCGAAUGCGAGAGGCCGUCGUUAUUCUGCUUGGCACUCUGUCACAACAUCUGGAUUCGUCUGAUCCGACCAUUCCGACUGUAGUAUCUAAAUUGAUUGAGACUUUGAAGACGCCAUCAGAGAUUGUUCAAUCAGCAGUAGCUGAGUGCUUGCCAGCUCUUGUAAAAGUCAUUCCAGGCAAUUCUAAAGAUUUAGCAGACUCCUUAUUGAAGCAAAUGUUUGAGAGUCCGAAAUAUGCAGAACGUCGUGGAGCCGCCUAUGGACUGUCUGGUGUAGUGAAAGGUCGUGGUAUUUCGGCUCUCAAAGAGUUUGGAAUAAUGCAAUCAUUGAAGGAGGCAGUUGAAGAUAAGAAACGCAUGGAACGUCGAGAAGGAGCUCUAUUUGCAAUCGAGACAUUGUCGUUGACAUUAGGCCGUCUAUUCGAACCCUUUAUAGUACAGAUACUUCCACUACUACUUGUCUGCUUCGGAGACUCGUCACAGGAUGUACGAGCUGCGACCGAAGACGCUUCUCGAGCCAUCAUGUCGAAACUAUCCGCCCACGCCGUCAAAUUGGUAUUACCAAGUCUCUUGAAUGGUCUGGCUGAUAGACAAUGGCGGGCAAAAUGUGGUAGCAUAGAGUUAUUGGGAUCCAUGGCCUUUUUGGCACCAAAGCAACUCAGUCUGAGUCUACCAACUAUAAUUCCGCGUUUGGUCGAAGUGCUCAGCGAUACUCAUUCCAAAGUUCAAGAAACGGCAAAAAUGGCCUUAACUCAUUUUGGAUCGGUUAUAAAGAAUCCAGAGAUUCAAGCCUUGGUACCUACUAUUCUUCAAGGAAUGGUUGAUCCAAAUAACAAGACCCUGACAGCUCUCACUGCCUUACUCGAGACCACGUUUGUCCACUAUAUCGAUGCACCAUCUCUAGCUCUAGUCAUUCCCAUAUUACGGAGAGGUUUGAAAGAACGGUCAACUGACGUUCGCAAAAAAGCUGCACAAAUUAUGGGCAAUAUUGCCUCCCUGACUGAACAAAAAGAUUUGACGCCAUAUCUACCAGUAUUGAUGCCAGGCUUGAAGGAGGUCCUUGUAGAUCCAGUACCUGAGGCUCGAUCUAUCGCUGCUCAUGCUCUUGGUAGUAUGGUACAAAAAUUAUCGGAAGACGUCUUCCCAGGUCUCGUAUCAGAACUAUUGCAAACUCUAAAAAGUGAUACUUCUGCAGUGGACAGAUCUGGUGCAGCGCAAGGCCUAUCAGAAGUGCUUGCCGGUAUUGGAAUAGAGAGAAUGGAAGCCAUGCUACCCGAAAUUCAACUCAACAUAUCCUCGCCACGACCAUAUGUGCGUGAGGGCUUCAUGCUCCUCUUUAUAUAUUUACCUCUUACCUUCGGUGAAAAGUUCCGUCCAUACCUCGGUUCUAUGAUUCCAGCAUUACUCAAAGGAUUGGCCGAUGACGCUGAACCUGUAAGGGAUGCCGCUUUACGUUCCGGUCAAAUGGUCAUUCGUGGUUACGCUAAGUCUGCCAUUGACUUGCUUCUGCCUGAGCUCGAACGUGGUCUCUUUGAUAACAACUGGCGUAUCCGACAGUCGUCUAUACAACUUAUGGGAGACUUGUUAUAUAAGGUUGGAGGUGGUAACACUAACACCGAUAGUGAUGAAGAAGAUGAUGAAGAUGCAGCUGAUGAGAGCGAUACCAUUACGAAAUCGUCGCUGGUUGAGGCCCUUGGUAUCCACAGAUACCAAACCGUCAUGUCUUCUAUAUAUAUUAUUAGAGCCGAUAACAUCGCCAUCGUCCGUCAAGCUUCACUCCAUGUCUGGAAGUCUAUUGUGGUCAAUACCCCUCGUACAUUGAAAGAAAUAUUCCCUGUAAUGAUGUCGAUACUCAUCAACUGUUUCUCGAGCUCGUCUACUGAAAGGCGUGGAGUCGCUGCAAGAACAUUAGGAGAUUUAGUUCAGAAGAUGGGUGAAACGGUUCUCGCCCAGAUAAUACCCAUCCUCGAAUCUGGUAUUACUGAUGCUGAUCCAGCAACUCGUCAAGGUGUCUGCAUCGGUAUGACUGAAAUCAUGGCUGCGCUCAGCAAAACACAAGGGGGAGAAUUUGCUACGCAUAUUAUUGGUCCUAUACGUAAAGCGUUGGUGGAUGAGGAAUCAGAAGUGCGAGAGGCAGCCGCACAAGCAUUUGAUUCUUUGCAUCAGAUUUUGGGCGCUAGAGCUAUUGACGAAGUACUGCCUAGUUUGCUCAACGAUUUGAAGUCUGGAGGUGGAAACACAUAUGCAUUGGAGGCACUCAAAGAGAUAAUGGCUGUCAGGUCCAAUGUUGUGUUCCCCGUUUUGGCCCCGACUUUGAUGGCAAGGCCCAUAACGUCGUUCAACGCCAGAGCAUUAGGCACAUUGAUAACGGUAGCAGGAUCUGCUCUGAAUCGUCGACUUGGUUCUAUCGUAUCAGUGUUGUUGGAUGCUGUUGAAGAUGAAGAUGAGGGUGCAGCUGAGGCGGAGAACACCCUCAAAAUUCUGCUUUUGAAGAUCACCACUGACGAUCUCCCAACGAUAAUGACCAUACUGAUUGAAGGUCUUCGAGAAGGAUCUGCUAGUCGCCGACAAGCAACGUGCAAGGCUCUUGUAGUAUUCUUUGCUGAGACGGAAGCUGACUUGAACGAUGACUUAAAUGAUUGGAUUGAAAGACUCAUUGAACUAAUGACUGACGAAGAUAUGGUUGAGAAUGCUACCGCUGCUCUUGAUGCAUUACUCAAAAGAAUUAGAAAGGAUGAUCUUGAUAGAUAUGUAUCACCAGUUCGAAGAGCCAUCUCCAUGGCAUGUAGUAAUCUUGAUGAAGGUGAAAUAGUAAAAGGCUUUGCUAGUACAAAAGGCGUAUCUGGCAUCUUGUCCAUAUUUUUGCAAGGCCUGUCUUAUGGAAGUGCUGACAUUCGAGAACAAUCCGCACUCGGUCUUGGUGAUGUAGUUACAAGAUCGACACCUGAAGCACUAAAGCCAUUCGUCACUCAGAUGACUGGUCCAUUGAUUCGAGUGGUUGGAGAUCGGGUCCCAUCUGGUGUCAAGUCCGCCAUUCUUUAUACAUUGGGGCUGCUUUUAAAGAAAGUGCCAUUGCAUUUGAAGCCAUUUUUACCUCAACUCCAAAGAACCUUUAUCAAGGCCUUGUCUGAACCAGGCUCCAACAUUGCUCGCGAUAGAGCUGCAAACAAUCUGUCACUGCUUAUACCACAACAGCCUCGAUUAGACCCACUAGUUGUCGAACUAACACAAGGCAUACGUGCUGCUGAAGAUCGUGGUGUAAAGGAAGCCAUGUGGCAGGCAAUGUAUGGAUUGGUGAAGAAUUUACGAGCAGGAAGGGAAAUAAAUGAAAGUAGCAAGUCUGGCCUGCAGAAUUUAUUGAUGGAAGCCAUUCUAUCUGAAUCAACGGAUGACAAUGUGAGAGUGAAGGCUUCCAGAUGUUUGGGUUGCUUUUGUGAAUAUGCUACCCCAGCCGAAGCCCUCAACAUUAUUGGUAUUCUCGGCAGUAGCCCAGCUCUACAUGGAGUAGUGUUAUCUUGGAAAUCUAUACUGGACGAAUGCCCUUCCCUGAUUGAUAGCCUAUCGCUCCAAGCCCAAUGUCAGCGCGCACUGAUAGAAGGAUUAGGUAGCGACAAGCUACUCAUUGGAGAAUCCGCUGUAAAGGCCACUGGUAGGUUUCUGACAAGAGAUGGAAGUCAUGGCAGUACAGAGGGCGAUGAGUUAGUGCCAAUUCUCGCUAGUAUAUUAACCGCUGCUGGAAAAGAAAAUGAAGUCCGACGAGAAUCCCUUGUGGUUCUCAAAAAGUUGGCCAAAAAGCAACACUCAAAGUCUAUAUUGGGUAAUCUGUCUGUGUUGGUUCCGCCGGUCAUGGUUUGUGUGAGAGACCGUAUUAUAUUUGUGAAGCUUGCAGCAGAGAGGUGUCUGUUGCACCUCUUUCAGCUGUCACAAGGAGAGAACGUGUUACAGGGGUAUUUGAAGACGCUAGAUGCAGCAAAUGCUCGUAGUGUCGGUGAUUAUGCUCGUAGAGUCCUCAGUAAAUUGUCGCAAGAUGAAGAAAGUGAUGAUGACGAAUGA